GGGUGUUACGUCACUUCCGGCGCGCCGCCGCCCUGCUCUAGUCCCGAGGAGAUGGCGGCCGCUGUGCGUAGCCAGUGGUUCCGGUGCUGCUCCGCCCUGCUCAGACAAGGUUUUCCUGUUCUGGCUAAUGCUAGGAGACGCUGUUUCUCAGGACUGAGUGGCCCAUGGAACAAAAUGGUGGGAGUGGGUUUUGGAGUAGCUCUGUGUGCAGUCCCUAUUGUACAGAAACAUGAGCCCACUUCUCUCAGUCAUGAAGCCUUGAUUAGAAGGGCAAUUUCUCUGGUAACAGACAGUACUUGUACUCUUCUCUCUCAAACAACAUAUGCAUUAAUUGAAGCAUUAACAGAGUAUACAAAGGCAGUUUACACACUGGUGUCUCUCUACCGGCAAUAUACAAAUCUUCUUGGGAAAAUGAAUUCCAAAGAGGAGGAUGCAGUAUGGCAGGUGAUCAUAGGAGCGAGAGUUGAGAUGACUACAAAGCAGCAAGAAUUCCUGAAGUUAGAAUCCAGUUGGAUGACUGCUUUACAUCUUUCAGAGAUGGCAGCAGAAGCUGCAUAUCAAUCAGGUGCAGAUCAAGCUUCAGUGACAGCUCGCAACCAUAUUCAGCUGGUGAAAACACAGGUGCAAGAGGUACGACAGCUGUCACAGAAAGCAGAGACCAAAUUAGCUGAAGCUCAGACAGAAGAGCUCAUUAACACAAAAGUUAAUGAAUCAUCACAGCCCUGCAGCAUCCCCAAAACCACAGAGGAAGUCGAAGAGUCUUAUCUUCGCGAAGACUGAAAAAAAACCCUUCUAAAUAUCACCUUUGGAGUAUUUGAUAGCAUACCACUAAUUCCAGGGCCCUGAGAUUCCCACAUCGUUAAGAAAAUAGAUGUUGGAUAAGGAAAAGGCAUUGAAGACAGGCAUGCUAUCUGUUGAUAAUUGGUGGCAGUGGGCAAUAAUUCUCUCCCCCACAGAUUUGCUAUACCUUAGCCACCAGCCAGAUUCAGGUGUUUGAAACUUCUUUAUUUUUUAAAUUACCAUUAUUAUAAUAUGAAUUGUUAGUAAAUUUUUAUUUAAGUGUACAACUAUGCAAAUGUGAAAUUAGCUGUUAAAGAUACUUUGUUGAUGAGUGUUUGGAUCUGCUGCCAUGAGGGUCUAAUUCAGAUGAUUUAAUACUAAACCCUUGGAAAUUCCCAACGUCUAAAACUAAUUGUAGAUUGCAACCAAAGAGGGACAUUUAAAAAUAAUUAUUUCUAGUCUAUGAAGCAAGUUAAUCUUAGUGGGUAUUAUAUCUCCAGUCGAACAACAGAAUUACAUUUCAUUGUCAGAAAGUCAGUUUGGUUAACAAUGUUGAUUUUUUAGUGCUGUUUUCUAAUUAUUUUGACUGUGACAAUUCAUAAUGGAUAUCUCAUUGUUUAAUAAAACGCAAACUACUGUAGUCUAAUUGCACUUAAUUGUAUCAAAAGAAGAAACUGAUAGAAUUGCUACAAAUCUUGGAAAUCUAAGAUCUAUACUCAGUGAUUACUGUAGUAUAGAGUAUGGCAGAUGUGUUUAUGCAGACUUGCUUGUAAUCUAAUAGGAACACAACCAGCAUGAUGCAAUACAACUGGUUUUCCAUGGUAGUAAAGGAAGGAUUUUGUUGCUGUGCCACAUUUAAAAUAGUGUGUGUGUCAAUAGGGAACAUAGUGUUGCAAAGGCAGACACACCACAAAUAGUGGCAAAUGCUAUUUGAUCACAGAACACAGUGCUCAGAAUGUGAAUUUUCAAGCAGCGUAGCUGCAGUCUGCUCCAAAUUGCAGGGAAAAUGUAGCUUCCUCUUUGAUAGUCAAAUGACAGUGUUUCACUGUCUGCUGGGUUUUCAAACCACAUUUCAACAGUUCAUGAGUAUCUCAUUUCUUUCCCUUUAUGUCAUUUAAGCAGUUUAAUUUAAUAUUGAAUAUAUGGUUGUAUUUCCCCAAAUUCAUGUGUUGUUUUACUAUCUGUACUGUAGAACGGUGGCGACUAGAUUUUUAUGAAAAGCUCCCUUUAAUAUUUGUGUAAUGCUGAAUUACAAGACAGCUGAGUAUUGGUAAUAUAUAUUUAGCCAAUAGGGAUGGUUUAGAGAAACAGAAUUCUGUGUAUUAGUAAUUGUUACAUUUGUUUAAAGUGCCAUUUUCUACAGGACCCCAGUCCGUGUGAAAGUUCCCGCCCCAAGAUUUCUUGAUAUUCUUGUGUUAGAUUAUAGGUUCUGGACUUGUUUUGGCAUUUAUAACUAGCACUGAGUGUUUGAAAGUCUUCCAGCCCAAUACCACCCUUCCCUGAGAAUAUCUUUCUGAACUUCAUUUCCAUGUUACCUUUUUAAUAAGGGGAUCGGAUCCCUGUAACACUGUGCGACUGCAGCUAAUGGGGAGUUUUAAACUAUAGUUAGAUUAAACUACACAAGAAAAGAGUGCAGAGUAAUCUUAGGUCAUUGUAACUCUCCUGCAUUAGUAAGAAAUAAAAUAUUUCCUGGGUGAUAUUUGCUUCGUUGCAAUCAAAUGUUUGGGUUUGUAAAUGU